GGUGCGAUAAGAGUUCGUCAUUGAACGCGACAAUGCGUGCAGAGCUGAUUCUCUCUCUCUCGUUGACGCUACUCUAGCGAAAGUGUACGAGACCCCUCAGUAGCGAUAAGCUCGGUAGAAAAAGCCAACGCGCUCUUGUGCGAGCGUAGGAUUCGUGCCUGAAGACGACGCCAUGCCGGAUCGUGGACAGGGACGGGUGCACCGUUUUCGCGACCACGUCGUCGCCGGCGUCAACUGGCGACCGACGCGGUUCGUCGACGAGGUUCCCAGUUCACGUGUGUGCGGCCUCUGCCGCAUGAUACCAAAACGGACGGUGCUGUUGCCGUGCGGUCACGCUAUGUGCCAAUCUUGCCACGCAGCCAGCCUCGAAGGGGGCUUUGAGCAGUGUCCUUUGGAUCAAGUGCAAUUCGAGAAAGCGGAAUGCGUGGGUUGUGAAUUCCCUAGCAGAACAGCGAACACCGUGAAGGUGUACUGCUGGAAUGAAGCUCACGGCUGCGAGUACACGGGCACCGUGAACCGCAUGCUGGAGCACUACGAGAACGAAUGCACAUUUCACACAACGGAAUGUUGGCGAUGCGGCGAGGGAGUCCAGCACAGAGAACUGCCAAGGCGCUACGUGAACGGAUGCAGGGCCGGUGUUUCUUCAGCGAUCACAGAGUCCUCGGAGCAUGCAGCACUGACCGUUGCAGACAUGAAGGCGAUCUUGGGAUGUCUCAACCACGACCAGCUGCUGCCAGUGAUUCAGAGUCAGUUGAAUCAGCUUACAGAACAAGCCAGAAACCAGGAAGCCAGGUUUGCCGAGAUUACUCGCGAGCUAGGAGCAUGCGAGCACAACUUAAAGGCCGAGAUGGAACAAAUUGCCGCCACGAUUUCAUCCACCGUGUCCCACCAGCUGAUUUCUCAGCAAAGUACAUUGGAGGAAGUCAGCAUGUCGAGGUCGCUGUCAUUGCGCUCGGAACAGGAUCUGAUACUAAGAAAGUUGGAACAUUUAGCCCACAUGGAACACUCGUGGAAAACUUCCCCGAAGCCUGAUUUCAGCCCGGUCAUUGUUCAUUGUGAGGCUUUGUACGGUGGCGUUCGGCAUUUGACCAGUGCGCUGUCGACAACCGCGCGGAUUGAAGAAAUUUCGUGGGCGACUUAUCUGCUGGCCCUAGAAAACUGCGAGGAAAUCCUUCAGUUGCAGCGAGGGAAUAAAAAGCUUGCCGAGAUUACGGUGUGGCACAUGAGGGACACGUACUUUACUAUUGCCGUCUGGUUCUACAAUGGUUCUCCAUCUGAAUUGGCUGUGGAGAUCGAGUUUAACGGGAUGCUGGUGGACUCUAUUUGUUGGCCGCCUUUCUGGCACGUGCAAGCGGUGGAUAAAGUAACAUUGAAUGAACGCUCGUUGGCUUCCUGUGUGAGACGUUGUUACUGCAAGCGCGAUGAUCCCUCAUUGGAACACUUCCACCUCCAAUUUCGUAUAGACAUUGCCUCGCUAAAAAAUGACGGCUACUUCCGAGAUGGAAAGAUAGAGUUCGAAAUCUUCCUCAACAAUACCGAAGAGGACAAUGGUGUCAAAGGAGCACCCUAACGUUCGUUAUCGAAGAAUGUGUACUGCACCGGAGAAUCCUCCUUGCCACUUCCCGAAUUGUGUCACAUGGGCUUAACGAAUUUUUUAUCUCCUUUCUGCUAAAUAAAGUCAGCUCUGCGAAAUUCCAUUUUUUAAAUUUGCUAUCCUUUGCAACUGUCAACAUAUUGUUUUCACACUGUACUGGCUGUUCAUUUUGUUUAUUACUUGUGCUAAUACAGAUUUUGUUCCUAAAUAUUGCGCUCCUCUUGUGCUCCUCGAGUGUUUUCUGACCUUACGACGUUCACCCCGAUACUUCUUUCUCUCGACUAUUGCCGUGCGGCUGUUAAAGCGAUUGAUUUCAAGGCGACGUUCGUGUUUGAUAUUACGCUUUAGUACCACGCAUUGUCCUGUGUCCGAAAUACACGGCCAAUGUUAAUGCAUCGCGAGGAACAGUUUUACACGUUCCCGAGCCGAUCGUAUGAAGUAGAACGGCGUCAACGCUGGGUCGCGCUUGUCCGACAGCAGACUGUAUUAUGUUCCGGAGUUAGGCCAAACGCGUUAACGCUGAAUUCCUUGCUUUUACAGCAACGAUGGCAGCAACGGGACACCUAUAGUGCUUACCAGCAUCUGCAGCAAACAAAGUAGUUUGUUUCCACACUGUACCGAAGUAAGGCUGCGGCACUCUUUCCCAAUCCUCUCCCAUCAAACAGCGCCAGGGCUUGCUGAGACCUACGAGGAGGGGUUGCACCUGGACACGGAGUAAGCACCUGCCUCAGCUGGCGUACACCCUCCUGCGCCCAGCAUAUCGACUCAGGUGCAGUGGAGAUCACCAAAAUAUUUGACGACGUGGUUUAUUGGAACCUCCUUUGCACGCACCGAAAAAUUGCAACUACAUAACAAAUCUCGAAUUUCCAGUAAUUUGGGCGAAAAUAUUUUCUCAGCGUAGUCUAACAAAACUGGUAAGUUCCUCACUUUUUUGUGUGUGUUUGGGGAGAGCAACGUUAGCAUACCUCGGGUAGGUCUUACGAGACGUUGGCUGGAGUCGUUGGAGAUGUAUUGGAGUCGCAUUUGCCGUCCUGUAUGUACAGCGCAACUACCGCGGCGUGCUUGCACUUCCCUGCGAUGCCAGCACGUCAAUCGCAGCUCGCCGCUAAGAUUCGUCUGCAGUCGCCGAUCUGCAAGAAUCAAUGUCGCCUAUAAUAUCAUGCGUCCACAUCGUAUAUAACGAAGUAACUUAUACGCUGAGCUUCACGUA